AUGGAUUCCAGCAGGCUGGAGCAGGAACUGCAGUGGAUGGAGCUGGUCUGGGAGGAGGCUCCAGCAGACAAGACAGAGGGACCUCUUACCUCCCAGGUCUGGAGUACUCUGUUCCAGGCAGUGUGGUGGGGUGCUCCCAGCCUGGUGAUGCAGCUGCUGAGGCAAGGUGCCAGUGUGGAGGAGAGGGAUCACACAGGUCGGACUCCGCUCCAUCUGGCUGUGAUGCGAGGCCACGCACCUCUUGUACGCCUACUGUUGCAGCGUGGGUCCCUGGCAGGCGCAGUUGACCACACAGGGCGCACACCGCUGCACGAGGCUGCCUGGCACGGGCACUCGAAAGUGGCGGAACUAUUGCUGCGGCGUGGGGCCUCAGCAGUGGCAUGCUCUCAAACGGGCCUCACGCCCCUGCACUGGGCAGCUGCGCUGGGCCGCACACUACUGGUUACAUGCCUUAUGGCUGCACCAGGUUCAGGUUCUGCUGUGAAAGACUUAAGAGGUUGGACAGCCACACACUGGGCAGCGGCGUGCGGGCAACUGCCGGUACUAGAGCUGCUGACUGUUGGAGGCAGCGUAGACCUGGACAGCGCCCUGCUGGUAUCAGCGGUAGCUGGAAGUGCAUCAGCCUUGCAGCUUCUCCUGGCACUGGGAGCAAAGGUGGAUGCCCUGGACAGCACAGGAACCACUGCACUUGGCCUGGCGGCUGGCCUAGGCCAUCACCAAGAUGUUGAAAUGCUGCUGGACCAUGGGGCAGACCCAAAUAUCAGGGACAGGAACAACCUCUCUGCACUCCACAGGGCUGCCACCGGUGGAUACCUGCCUGUUAUACAGCUGCUGGUGGCCAAGGGCAUUGAGGUAGAUUCUCGAGACUCACUGGGCCUCACACCCCUGCACUAUGCUGCUCGGGGAGGCCAUGUAGAAGCUGUCAGUUAUCUCCUGGACAGGGGUGCACAGGUCAAUGCUGCUGGCUGGCUUCACAAGACCCCUCUGCACCUUGCUGUAGAGUGUGGCCACAGUACCACCAUAGAGCUUUUGCUGAGCCAAGGAGCCAACUCUACCUUGAGGACACAGUGGGGUGAAAUGGCCCAGACCCUAUAG